AAUAAAGAAGGAAAAACCCUAGAAGAUACUUUUGCCCGGAUCCCCUCUCCGCUCGCCGCUCGCCGAAGAAGAAGAAGGAGAAGAGCCGCCACCGCAGCAGCAGGCGAGGCGCCGCCGAGGCCGAAUCCGUCCGCCAUGGGUCGCAUGCACAGCCGCGGUAAGGGCAUCUCAGCCUCGGCGCUUCCUUACAAGAGGACUCCUCCGAGCUGGCUCAAGAUCUCAUCUCAGGACGUCGAGGACAACAUCUGCAAGUUCGCGAAGAAAGGUUUGACGCCGUCGCAGAUCGGUGUCAUCCUUCGUGACUCUCACGGGAUUGCCCAGGUGAAGAGCGUCGCGGGGAGCAAGAUUCUGCGCAUCCUCAAGGCUCACGGUCUUGCGCCCGAAAUUCCUGAGGAUCUCUACCACCUCAUCAAGAAGGCAGUGUCCAUCAGGAAGCAUCUGGAGAGGAACAGGAAGGACAAAGAUUCCAAGUUUAGGCUCAUUCUCGUUGAGAGCAGGAUCCAUAGGCUCGCGCGCUACUACAAGAAGACCAAGAAGCUUCCUCCUGUCUGGAAAUACGAGUCUACAACUGCUAGCACUCUUGUGGCUUAAGUCGCAUUUUGGACCAUGAACCAGUUUUGAUGUAGCUUUUGAUUCUCUCUUACUCUCUCUCUCUCUCUCUCUUGCUCUCUCUCUUGCUCUUUGAGAAUUCAAUUUAGUUUGGAUAAAAGUAUAUUUUUUAUUGUACUCUGGGUGAGGAUAGAGAGAUGAGCUAUGUUAUGUUUUGACUAUCAUUUUCAUUUUUAUUGAUUUUCAAAUUGACCUGUGUA